GUCGUGUCAGCAGACUAGUCGGAAGACAGGGAGAAAAGGUCUCCUAAGAACAAUCGACUCUUGCCGUGGCUAUCAUCUCGUCGAUCUUUUCGAGUAUUGGGGCUUCGAAGAUUUGAAAGGCCCCCUGGAAUCGCUAUUUGGCCAUAUAAUCCUCUUUUUUUUUCCUUCUCCCUUUUUAUUCCUUCUCGAAAUGUUGCUUCCUAAAGGUGGCGUAACGUGGAAGUCGGCCAGGGCCCGACUGCCGCCAUGGAGAGCUGUCCUGGUGCUGCUUACAAGGACUCGAUUCCUCGUCUCUAUCGCGCUCACAGGCCUGGUAGUCUUAUUAUGGCGUGGGAUCAGCAGCUCGGCUGCUGAAAUGCAGAGUUUCUACUGCUAUGGAUCUUCCAAGUCGCCCAUGGAAAUGAGUAUAAAUGAGAUGGUCGAAUGGAACGCGCACCUCCAGACUCCCGUCGUGUUCAACCACCACCAGCCGUACGAAGUCAAUUCCUCUACCAUCUCGAGUGUCGACCUCAACCCGAUCAAGUCGACCACCAAGGCCGUGACGAACGGCGAACGAGUACUCAUCCUGACACCUCUUAGAGACGCUUCGGCCUUCCUGACCAAAUACUUUGACCUGCUCUACAAGCUGACCUACCCCCACGAUCUCAUCGAUCUGGCUUUCCUUGUCGGCGACUGCAAAGAUGAUACCUUGGCCGUCCUUUCCUCGGAAUUGCAGCGCGUCCAGGACCAGGUCGAGGAGAAGAUUGCCUUUCGCAGCGCGCUGAUCGUCCAGAAGGACUUUGGGGCCGAUGUCAAUAUGAACGUGGACGAUAAGCAUGCUUUCGCCGCUCAGGGUCCUCGCCGCAUUGCAAUUGGCCGGGCCCGUAACUACCUUCUCUAUUCUGCCUUGAAGCCGGACCAUUCGUGGGUCUACUGGCGCGACGUCGACAUUGUCGACAGCCCUGAUCGCAUUUUGGAAGACUUCAUGGCCCAUGACAAGGACAUUCUUGUUCCCAACAUUUGGUUCCAUCGUUACAAGGACGGCCAUGACAUCGAGGGACGCUUUGACUACAACUCCUGGGUUGAAUCCGACAAGGGCCGCAAGCUCCGUGAGACCCUCCCCCCGGACACCGUGCUGGCUGAAGGAUAUAAGGAAUACGAUACCGGACGCAAAUACCUCGUUAGCAUGGGCGAUUGGAGAAACAACAAAGAUGUCGAGGUUGAUUUGGAUGGGAUUGGUGGCGUGAAUAUCCUCGUCAAAGCAGAUGUUCACAGAUCAGGUGUCAACUUCCCCGCCUAUGCUUUUGAGAACCAGGCGGAAACCGAAGGUUUUGCUCGUAUGGCUAAGAGAGCAGGAUACCAGGUCGUCGGUCUCCCUAACUACGUCGUCUGGCACAUCGAUACCGAUGAGAAGCCUGGAAAUCUGGGUAACCGCAAGGCAUACUAAGCUUUGGCACAAUGGUUCUUUCGACUUUUUUUUCCCUUCUCCCGCUCUGGUGCGCAGCACUCGCAGGUUCGGGUUCAACUAGCGAUGACACAUCCAUCCAAAGUUAUAU